GCGCACGAUACCCAGUGUCCUGAGCGAAGCGACGCCAUGAAGACAGUGGUUCUGCUGUGCGCCGCCGCGGCGCUGCUGUCGCUACCGGCGCAAGUGAACUCUGGUAUCAUACGGCUGUGCACCCCGAACGAGGUCAGCUGGAAGGAGUGCAACACCUGUCAGUGUGACCAGUUUGGGUCGUUUCAGUCUUGCACACAGAAGCGGUGCCGGGAACUCCAUCGACUCCGCAGAGAUACGCUGUGUCCACCGGGGCAGACUUUCCAGAGCGGCUGUGACAUUUGCCACUGUGCGGACGAUGGGAGCACCAUCUGGUGUACCAACGAUGGCUGUUCUGGGAAAGACUACAUGCAGAACGUGGACCAGGUGCAACACCUGUACCAACAAGUCCGCAGCCUGGAACCAGGGCUCAAAUUCGCGGGUGAUAAGUUCUCUGAAAUAGGAGAUCUUUUGCGGCCGUACCAACACCAUCAACGUUCAAAUGCGUACAGCUUGCCAGCAUGGUAUAGAGAUGUCCUGAAAGACAGGCAAGAGAUGUGGCAGCAGAUGCAGCAUAACCAGAUGCCCGCAUUUGACCAGUCUGGGCAGCUGUACCAGCAGGGCUACGAUUACGACCUGGACGACAGCCAGCAGCAGCAGCACCAAGACCCCAGUGCAGACUUCGAUCAGGCGGUACAGCAGAUUCAUCAAUACGGAGAUCCUCAGUCUGGUAAACUGGUAAACGAUCAACAAGAAUCUGAAGAAGGUCUUCAGGUGUAUCAGCAAAGUGAGACAUCAGAUGCAGAUCAAAUUGCACAGCAAUCACUACAAAAUCAAUAUUCUGAACAGGUUAGUUGGCAUCCACAGCAAGACCAGAUUUCAGAUACAGGAGACGUCGUGCAACAACAUCAACAGAUCGAUACACCAAACAAAAACCAAGACCUUCAACAGACACAGCAAGAAUUAGAUACUGAUAACGAACAAAUCAGUCAACAUUCACAGCAGGAUCAAUCUUCCGAUUCUGGAGACAAUCUGCAACAGUAUCAAGAGACCGAUGCAUCAAACGGAGACCUACAACAGACGCAGCAAGAACUAAAUUCUGAUAAUGAACAAAUCAGUCAGCAUUCACAGCAGGAUCAAUCUUCCGAUUCUGGAGACAAUCUGCAACAGUAUCAACAGACCGAUGCAUCAAACGGAGACCUACAACAGAUACAGCAAGAAUUAGAUUCUGAUUCUGAACAACUCAGUCAGCUUACACAGCAAUAUCAAUCUUCCGAUUCUGGAGACGAUUUGCAACAGUAUCAACAGACCGAUACAUCAAAUGGAGACCUACAGCAGACACAGCUAGAACAAAAUUCUGAUAACGAACAAAUCAGUCAGGAUUCACAGCAGGAUCAAUCUUCCAAUUCUGGAGACAAUCUGCAACAGUAUCAACAGACCGAUGCAUCAAACGGAGACCUACAACAGAUACAGCAAGAAUUAGAUUCUGAUACUGAACAACUCAGUCAGCAUACACAGCAAGAUCGAUCUUCCGAUUCUGGAGACGAUUUGCAACAGUAUCAACAGACCGAUACAUCAAAUGGAGACCUACAGCAGAUGCAGCAAGAACUAAAUUCUGAUAAUGAACAAAUCAGUCAGGAUUCACAGCAGGAUCAAUCUUCCAAUUCUGAAGACAAUCUGCAACAGUAUCAACAGAACGAUGCAUCAAACGGAGACCUACAACAGAUACAGCAAGAAUUAGAUUCUGAUUCUGAACAACUCAGUCAGCUUACACAGCAAGAUCGAUCUUCCGAUUCUGGAGACGAUUUGCAACAGUAUCAACAGACCGAUACAUCAAAUGGGGACCUACAGCAGACGCAGCAAGAACAAAAUUCUGAUAAUGAACAAAUCAGUCAGGAUUCACAGCAGGAUCAAUCUUCCGAAUCUGGAGACAAUCUGCAACAGUAUCAACAGAACGAUGCAUCAAACGGAGACCUACAACAGAUACAGCAAGAAUUAGAUUCUGAUUCUGAACAACUCAGUCAGCAUACACAGCAAGAUCAAUCUUCCCAUUCUGGAGACGAUUUGCAACAGUAUCAACAGACCGAUACAUCAAAUGGAGACCUACAGCAGACGCAGCAAGAACAAAAUUCUGAUAAUGAACAAAUCAGUCAGGAUUCACAGCAGGAUCAAUCUUCCAAUUCUGGAGACAAUCUGCAACAGUAUCAACAGACCGAUGCAUCAAACGGAGACCUACAACAGAUACAGCAAGAAUUAGAUUCUGAUUCUGAACAACUCAGUCAGCAUACACAGCAGGAUCAGUCUUCCGAUUCUGGAGACGAUCUGCAACAGUAUCAACAGACGGAUGCAUCAAAUGGGGACCUACAACAGAUACAGCAAGAAUUAGAUUCUGAUAGUGAACAAAUCAGUCAGCAUUCACAGCAGGAUCAAUCUUCCGAUUCUGGAGACAAUCUGCAACAGUAUCAAGAGACCGAUACAUCAGUAGGAGACCAAGUCCUACAACAGACACAGCAGGAAUUAGAUUCUGAUUCGCAACUAAGUCAGCAUAUACAACAACAUCAAUUUUCAGACUCUGGGGAAAAUCUACAGCAAUAUCAACAAAGUGGUACACUCAACGAAGAACAAGAUUUACAACAAACACAGAAAAAAUCUGAUUCUGAUUUUGAACUUAGCCAGCAUACGCAACAAGAGCAGUCUUCAGAUUCCGGAGAAAAUCUGCAACAAUAUCAACAGGGCGAAGAUCAAAUUCUGCAACAGACGCAGCAAGAAUUAGAUUCUGAUUCUGAACUUAGCCAGAACACACACCAAGAGCAGUCUUUAGAUUCUGGAGAUGAUCUGCAACAAUAUCAACUCGGCGAAACCCAAAACAACGAUCAAAUUCAACAGCAGAACCAACAACAUGUUGACUCAGAUUUUGAACACAUCAGUUUGUAUCCCCAGAAACAAGAUCAAUCUUAUUCUAGCGAUGACCAGCAGCAGUACCAGCAGAGCAAUAUCUUCGGCUCAGGCGAGUUAGAACAGCAAGCACACCAAGACGAUACUGAAGACAAUAGUCACGAUCGAUAUCAGCAGCAUCAAGAACCUGGAUCAGAACAGAUUGUACAGCAAUAUGAGAAGGAACAGUUUCCCAUCAGUAAUCAGGACUUGCAGCAAUAUCAGCAAAGCCACUUUGGGAACGAUGCGGACGUUUACCAGCAGUCCCAUGAGCCAGACGAAUUCCUUGAAGGCUAUCAGUACGAUCAAAAUAAUCGCUUGCAUAAAAUAGACCAACAGCAGCAUGAGGCUAUAUUCUAAUAGCACGCAUCAAUAACGUGAGAGACUUCUAUCUGUAUCAUCCGUCGGCUGCAGACAAUAAACGGAAUCAGUUUACUGAGAUCCGUGAAAACGUCCUAAAAAGGGUUUUCGUUCUAUCACAAGACCAUGUGAAACUUCGUUUACGUAAUAGGUGUCUCAACAUAGUGUCCCCGUUACACAACUUGCGUAUGAACGCCCAAAUAGUGUUUUCUGAUGUUACGAACAUUACAUUCGAAAAAUCGAAAAUUGUGUAUUUUUUUAAAAUAAAUGUGAUAAAUGGGAAAAAAAAUUUGAUGGACCGAUA